AUGGCCCGCGGCGGCUCUACCGCUGCCCCUCCAGCCUUCCCGCUGCCGCUGCUGCUGCUGCUGUCCAACGCCUUUUUCGCCUGCUGCUGCCUCGCCGCGCCGCCCGGUGCCCUGGUGACGAACGUCCCGGGGUUCGCGGGCAGCAAGCUGCCGUCCAAGCACUACGCCGGGUACGUGACGGUGGACGAGGCGCACGGCAGGCGGCUCUUCUACUACCUGGUGGAGUCGGAGCGCGACCCGGCCAAGGACCCCGUCGUGCUCUGGCUCAACGGCGGGCCCGGCUGCUCCAGCUUCGACGGCUUCGUCUACGAGCACGGGCCAUUCAACUUUGAGGCAGGAGGGUCAGCUGGAAGCUUGCCAAAGCUUCAUCUCAACCCUUAUAGCUGGUCUAAGGUGUCUAGUGUGAUAUACUUGGACUCCCCUGCUGGUGUUGGGCUGUCUUACUCCAAGAAUGUUUCAGAUUAUGAAACUGGUGAUCUUAAGACUGCUGCUGAUUCGCAUACUUUUCUUCUCAAGUGGUUCCAGCUCUACCCUGAGUUCUUGACAAAUCCAUUUUAUAUAGCUGGAGAGUCAUAUGCUGGAGUUUAUGUCCCUACCCUUUCACAUGAAGUUGUCAAAGGAAUCCAAAAAGGAGAUAAGCCAAUUAUAAACUUUAAGGGCUACAUGGUUGGCAAUGGUGUAUGCGACACCGUCUUUGAUGGUAACGCUCUUGUGCCAUUUGCACACGGAAUGGCUCUAAUUUCAGAGAGUAUAUACAAGGAAGCCAACACUGCAUGUCAAGAAAAUUACUGGAAUGCUAGCAGUGCAACAUGCGACGAAGCGCUGUCAAAAGUCGAUGCGGUACUUGGCGGAUUAAAUAUUUAUGACAUUCUUGAGCCAUGCUACCAUGGCACAAAUACCAAAGAAGUGAUCCCACAAAAUAACAAACUGCCACCAAGUUUCAAAGAUCUUGGUGUAACUAGCAAGCCCCUUCCAGUAAGAACAAGAAUGCAUGGACGGGCCUGGCCUUUGAGAGCUCCUGUAAGAGAUGGGCGUGUUCCAUCAUGGCAGGAGCUAGCUGCAUCAGUUCCCCAUGGAGUUCCGUGUAUGAGUGAUGAAGUUGCAACGGCAUGGCUAAACAAUGAUAACGUCAGAUCUGCAAUUCACGCCGAACCAGUCAGUUCAAUUGGACCCUGGGAAUUAUGCACAAAUAAAUUGGAUUUUAAUCAUGAUGCUGGGAGUAUGAUCAUUUAUCACAAGAACCUUACAAGCCAGGGUUAUCGUGCUUUCAUUUACAGCGGUGACCACGAUAUGUGUGUACCUCACACUGGGACAGAAGCAUGGACUGCAUCCUUAGGCUACGGCAUCAUUGAUUCGUGGCGACAAUGGACUGUCAAUGACCAAGUUGCUGGGUACACCCAAGGAUAUGAAAACGGCCUCACUUUCGCCACUAUUAAGGGUGCUGGGCACACAGUUCCUGAGUAUAAACCACAGGAAUCAUUGGCUUUCUACAGCCGUUGGCUCAAUGGUACUAAGCUGUGA